AUGGAUGUUUAUGAGCAGAUUGAUAUUGUCAUAGCUGGGGCUGGAAUUUGUGGUCUGGCCACCGCCCUUGCCCUUCACAGGAAGGGCAUUAGAAGCGUGGUUUUGGAAAGAUCCGAGACCUUACGUGCAACGGGGGCAGCUAUUUUCAUUAUGGCUAAUGGUUGGCGUGUUCUCGAUCAGCUUGGUGUGGGCUCUAAGCUCAGACAAACCGCUCUUCCUAUCGAAGGGUCACGACUUGUGUUGCUAGACGAGGGUAAGCAACAAGAAUUACCGUUCGGGAAUGGUGAAACACGGUGCUUGAAACGGAGUGACUUGAUCGAGAUCUUAGCCGAGUCUUUGCCACAUGGUACAGUACGUUUUGGAUGCCAAAUAGUCUCGGUAAAAUUGGACCAUUCAACUUCUUAUCCCAUUCUUCAACUUCAAGAUGGGAGUUCUAUUAUGGCCAAGGUUUUGAUCGGAUGUGAUGGAGCCAAGUCAGUAGUUGCGGAUUUCCUUGAGCUAAAGCCUUCCAAUCUUCACACCAUAUGUGCAACGCGAGGUUUAACAACUUACGCAAAUGGUCACCCUUUUGCAAAUGAGUUUGUCAAAAUGAAGAUUGGGGACACUUUUGUGGGAAGAAUUCCAAUUACUGAUGAGUUGGUCUUCUGGUUUGUAGUUCAGCAAUGGACUUCUAAAGAUGCAAAGGUUUCGCAGGAUUCGAAGCUCAUCCAACAAUCAGCUCUGGAAUCAACCAUGAGUUUCCCAAUAGAAAUAACAGAAAUGAUAAAAAGCAGUGACCCAAGUACACUGUCUCUCACACGCAUGCGAUAUCGUUCACCAUGGAACUUACUACUAGCAAAGUUUCGAAAAGGAACGGUGACACUAGCCGGAGAUGCCAUGCAUGUAAUGGGACCAUUCCUCGGGCAGGGUGGCUCAGCAGGUCUAGAAGACGCGAUUGCUCUUGCUAGAUGCUUGGCAGAGAAGAUGAGUCCGACUAAUCCGAGUGCAAGAGAGAGGAAGAUGAUGGUGCAUGAAAUUGGAGAAGCAAUGGAUCAAUAUGUGAAAGAACGUAGAAUGAGGGUGGUGCAAUUGUCAACACAGACAUACCUUUGUGGUUUGCUAUGGGAGACUCCAACAACAUCACUGCUAGUAAAAUUUGCUUGUUUCGUCUUCCUGGCUAUUUUCUUCCGUAACCCGACUUAUCAUACCAAAUAUGACUGCGGCCGCCUUUGA